UAUUAAGCUAAAGAUCCUUUACAAUAAAAACAUCUAAUAUUAUAACAUGACGAAAACAAAAGCCAACAAAUUGCCCUAGUUGGUAGUCAGUUCCCUUGCCCGUGUACUUAUAGGUCUUAGUAACCUUUUGUGUAUAGCAUAGAUACAGAAAUUUUGUCCACACAAAUCUCCAUUCAUUAAACUCAUGGAACUUUAUUUAUAUAGAUAGACUAACUCUGUUUCACACAAGUUCAAAGUCUGGGAAUGUGAUGACUAACGUUGAAUGGAACUGACAUGUCUAAAUCUUCCGUCAUAACUACUGACAUGAAAGAGAGGAGGGCAUUUAUAAAUAAUUAUGUGAGGCCCAUAUAACUGCUUCACUUACUUAAUUGCCACCUUCUAAUAAAAUAGAACUAUAACUUUACUUUUCACUGCUUACAUGAAAUUAUGAAAUUACAAUACUGCCAGACGAUAUUGAGAACGCUUUUGUUUUCACUUUUUUUCUUUAUAGUACAAAACGAGAGGAAUGAUUAACCGUCUUGUCUAAAAUCUUUUAUGGCAAUUCGGAAUUGUCAAUAUUCGGUAGUGAUAUCGAUUAUCAGAAUCAAAUACUGCAUUUUUCUGACUUUUACGAGUACUACUGUUGUCGACUACUCCAGUUUCUGUUUUAUUCAUCCAGACAAGAAAAAAGAAAAAUAAACAAUAUCAACAAUGGUAGAGCAUGCCCUUCCUCACAAGGUUCAAGCUGAUUUCGUUAUUAUCAAGCUAUGUCCUCGCUGAAGAAGGACACAUACGUUUGUCCCUGUUCGUUGUUUUUACACCUGACCCGGCAAUUGAUCUUUGCUGGGUGCACAACGAGAAGAGAAUCUACUGCUACAAUCCAUUAUAAUCAUAAAACCAAUCUAUCUUCAACUUCAAAGUGUAGUGUAGUGAAGUAAGUUACAGAGUGGAUUGAACUGCAUAGAUCUAGCAGUCUCUUGCUAUAGAGUCUGGCCGGGGCCCAGCGCAACGGAGGCUGUUCUAGAGGCUUGAUCUUUGAUUUAAAUCUAGUGGGGUUAAAUCAUUAGUAGAGCACCAGAAUUUCUGGCAGAAUGUAGAAAAUCUGGCUCGGCUCAACAACAGAUACAGUAAAGAGAUCAUUCUUGUUCUACUGUUUAGUAGUUUAGUAUUCUAAGGCUACAAUCCUUUGAGUUUGAACAAUGAGGUAUUGUGUAGCAGCAAACUGUACAGCCCCACAUAAAGGUCUUGGGGAGUCUGUGUUUGGUUUCCCCAAAGAUCCUGUGUUGAGAGCUAAGUGGAUCAAAUUUGUGCGGGAUAAAAGAGGCGACUUUCAAGGACCCUCGAAGUACUCCGUUUUGUGCCAGUAUCACUUCACACACGAUUGCUUUCAAAAUGAGAUGGCUGUGCGGAUGGGAUUCGUUAAAAAAAAGAUAAUAAAUAAAGAUGCAGUACCGACGAUUCAUAGACCACCUAAGUUGAAGAAAACAGAGACAGAUGAGCCGAGAGGAAAAAGGUUGAAAGCGAAGGCGGUGAUCAAAAUGGGUGCUUUCCAAAGAGUGAGUGCCAGAACCACAGCACGUACACUGAGAAAUGGAGCUGUACUGAGGUAUGCAGACGCUGACGAAUCUGAUGCUCAGGCGGAAUCUCACGAUGCGAGCGACGGAGACAGCUCUUCUGGUUCAGGCUCCCCACAUUUAUCGACCAAAGAUCCGAAACCUGGAUAUAAUCCGGAGGAAGAAAUGGACUUUACUGAAAUUAAUCAUGGCAUCGCUGGCAACGAGAUCAUGUGUUCUCUUUCAGAAGCAGAUAGAGACGAUUCUGCUGCAAGUCUGGACGAACCUAACCACGUUAAUUCCGUGAAUGUUAACAGCACGCUUGUUGUGAAAAGGGAGUUGGACGGGACAGGGGCGCACUACUGUGGUGAUUCUCAUCGAGGCAGGUCCCACAACUCCGUGGGAUCUCCGCUCAGAGACGCAAGUUUUCCUGUCAAAAUAAAGGAAGAAGCAGUGGAGACUCUGAGUGGAGGACUCGAUGUUGUGCCCGCUGAUUUACAGCGUGUCCCCACGCUGUCCUCACACAAUUCUCCCGGAUGCUCGCCCAAGUUCAUCAACCAGCUCGGAGCUGAGAGCGCUCCGAUCCCCGCCACUCCUCAGAUCAACGAGACGUCUGGUCAUCUUUACGAGCAUAUGAAAAUCUCAACAAAGACCUUUUACAUGCACAGGAAAGAUCAUGAGCUGUUCCCCUCUGCCCCGACCUCUCACAACGGUGAACAGAGUGCAGGUUUGCCCGUGACCUCAAUGUCGGCGACAACGUCUCUCACCAGCGUGACCAGCUCGAGCGUUGCCAUGCCAACGUUGUCUGUCAGCAGAACGUCGGAGAACGGAGUCAUACGGCUUCUUCCUUUUUCACCUCAUUUAAAACCACAGGCGCAACCGCCGGUUGUGUCUAAUAGUAGCUCUCCUGGCAGGGAGAGCAGUGUGAGAGACAACGUUGGAGUGAAUGAUAGAGCCAAUAGGACUAGGGACAAGGCAAUAUCUCGUGUCUGUGAGUCGGGAAAUUUCGACACCAGCGAGGAAGAAGUUUCAGCAGACGGCUUGGACAGUUCUUGGGGUGCUGGAAGUGAUGAUAACGCUUCGCCAAGAGAAAUGGGCGUUGUUGAUCUAGAUGAUAUUGAGGUGACGGGUGGGUUAGACAUCUCUGUGGACGAAAUCUUGGAGGAAAAUGAUGAUCAUUAUCCAACGACUUCAGCCGCGAACAUGAAGAAAGCGUCGUCUUCAUCAACAAGGACUACGAUUAAGUCGUCUUCUAUGUGCCAUAAAAUAGGGCCCAGGAGCUACAAACUCCGGAAAAGUCGUUUAAGCGACGACACGGUUGCGGCGCCAGAACUCUCCAACAGAUCCACCCAGACAGCCUCGGGGAGGGCAGAGGGUCAGAGGUACACGCUACAGGUGGACCCAACCACGCUGAGGGACAAGAAAUUGUUUCUGAAAGAGAUGGAGAGAAUACGUUUGUUCAUGAUGUGUAAAGGGGAGGAUGCUAUCGUGCACCUCAAGUGUUAGUCUGCAGCAUCUGCCGUAAACUGACAAAACGCCUUUUUUUCUUCACAGCAAUUUCGAUAAGAAGAGAGGUUUUUUUGGUCAGUUUUACCAUUGAAAAAUAGAGUGAUUCUGAAAUUUCAAUUCUACUUUAUUUUUAAAAACAAGUCACAGUUCCACUUUCAUUUUUUUUACUCAAGUAGGGUAACUGAUCAGGCUUUC